UUGGAGUUUGAGAAGCGGAGGAACGAGCCCGUGAAAUACCAGCGAGAGCUCUGGCAGAAGUCAGUCGAUGUCAUGAAGAGAGUGGAAGAGAUCAAGCAGAGGCGGCAAGCCAAGUUCAUCAUGAACAGACUAAAGAAGGGCAAAGAACUGCAGAAAGCUCAAGACAUCAAGGAGGUCAAGCAGAACAUCCACCUCAUUCGCGCUCCACAUGCAGGCAAAGCCAAACAGCUGGAAGACAAGAUGGUCCAGAAACUCGAGGAAGCGGUGGCCAUGGAGGACUCUUCCUAGAGGGGCUGUUUCUCUGGGCUGGGACUUGGCGGAGGGCACGUCUUUGCAGGCUGGCCCUCUGGUCCGGGGCAUGCCUGGUGUGGCUUCUGGCUCUGGGGUCAGCCGGGGCAGGUGCCGGAGCUGUGUUGUGAGGCACCUGUGGGAGUGGGCUCUUAUUUGGAUAGUAAAAUGGUAAGCGAUUAAACCAGCUGCCGCAGAC